AUGCCUCUCGACACAUCAACAACAUAUCGCCUCACCAGGCUUCGGCUAGAUGGCAGGCGCUGGAAUGAGCUCCGUUUAAUGCAAGCGCAGAUCUCCACGAACCCCGCGAGCUCUGGAUCAUCAUAUCUCUCAAUGGGUAAUACGGUAGUUAUUUGUAUGGUCCAUGGGCCGGCGGAAGGCCGACGAUCCGAAGCAACAGGCCCUGCUCGUGAAGGUGCCGUAGUAUCAGUUGCUGUCAAUGUUGCAGGGUUUUCUGGGGUUGACAGGAAGAAGAGGGGUGCGACUGGCGGUGGAGGUGACAGACAAGCAUCUACAGAUCUAGCUACCGCGCUCCGUGACGCCUUCCAACCACAUCUCCACACCCACCUAUAUCCGCAUAGCACAAUAUCCCUUCACGUUUCCGUCCUAUCAUCCGACGGCUCUCUCUUUGCGGCAUGCAUCAACGCCUGCACCCUAGCACUGGUGGAUGCCGGGAUACCAAUGCCCGGCCUUCUCUGCGCGUGCACCGUCGGAAUGAGCGGGAGGGCAUCCACCCCGGCGGCGCCUGAACUGGCCCGAGUGGGCGGAAUUAACGAAAGUUUGGAUCCGCUUCUCGACAUGUCGAUGCCCGAAGAACAAGAACUCCCAUUCAUGACUGUCGCGAAUACGAACCCGGCGCCCACGGGGGACGAUUCGAUGGAUGAUGAGGAGGGGGAGGAGAAUCAGAUGCUGUCUGUUGUCCAGAUGGAGUCGGGGGUGCAUAUUUCAUAUCUGGAGACUAUGUUUGCGGUGGGGCUGGAUGGGUGCAAGCAGGUCAGGGAGAUACUUAAUGGCGUUUUGAAAGCUGCGGGGCGGAAAGUGCUGGAAGGGGAGGGUGAAACAUUAUCUAGUAUGGAACAAUGA